AUGCCAUCAGACACACACUCGACGCCCGAUGUGGAUGACCCACUCCGGCCCUUCGUAGGCCAUACAGGAAAAAUCACUGCCAUCGAGUACUCUCCUGACGGCCGACUCAUCGCAACUGCAUCAGAGGAUGCUACUGUGCGUCUCUGGGAUCCUCUAACGGGCCAGCAGUUCCAGAAGCUCGACACGACUUACCGAGCGGAAGGCCAUACAGGAAAAAUCACUGCUAUCGAGUACUCUCCUGACGGCCGACUCAUCGCAACUGCAUCAGAGGAUGCCAGCGUGCGUCUCUGGGAUCCCCAAACAGGCCAACAAAUCCAGAUGAUCGAGACCCAUUGGCCAGCGCACUCCCUUACCUUCUCUCCCUCCGGCCUACACCUCGCUACUAUCUGCGCAGAAGGCACUCCGACGGACGCACCCGUUGGAAAGGUCAUGCUCUGGGGGAUAAAGGAGGAUGGGGAAGAGAAGAGGCUGCUGACCACCCGGAACACAGUUCACUCUAUAGAGUGGUUCCCCGACGGACAUCGUUUCAUCACCAGUAGUAAAGACGACGACUAUAUCCGCACCUGGGACGCUGAGACCGGAGAACAAGUCCGCAAAGACUUAUUCCGUGGAGAUAAUAUCACCGCAAUCGAAUACUCCCCUGACGGCCGCCUCAUUGCGACCGCAUCUCUGGAUGACACAGUGCGUCUAUGGGAUCCCGUGACAGGACAAGCACUCCAGAAG